CGUACGGACGUUGGUUGAAGCGGAAAUGACCUGAAGCUCAGCAUUAGACAGCACCAAAAUAUUGAAAUCCUUUCGUUUUCAAAUCGCACAGUAACCGUGCAAUAUAAGAACUCAUAUCAGAUAUUCAGUUACACAGAUUACCGAUUUCGUUAACGAUUGGGUACUUAAAUUGGGUCGAUCAAGAUGGAGCAGGACACCAGUCCAGAGUCUGUGACCUCACCUCCUCCAGGUGCUGCCGCUAAGUCAAAGUUGGACACGUUGUCCAAAGAUGACCUCAUCAAGUUUGCCAAGAAGCAGAUGGCUGCCAUACAGAAGAUGAAGUCCAAAUGUGCAGUUUUGGAAAAGGAGGUUGAUACUCUUAAGUCUCAGCCAAAAGGCAAUUCAGGUGACUCCAUCAUACAGGAACUGACUGAGAGGAUGAGUGCCUUGUUGCUGGAAAAGGCUGAGACCCAGCAGAGUGUGGUGUUGCUGCGGAAGGAGAAUGAGAAGGUCAAGCACCGGGAACAGGAUGCAGUAGGGAAACUGGCCACCCUGCUGGGAGAGUUGGACCAGGCCAAGGAAGACCACCAGAAGAAAAUUGCAGCCUUGGAGAAGAGCUUAGACUCAUCCCAAGCCAAACACAAAGAAGAAGUUGAAUUCUUCCAGAGGCUUCUGAGGAAGAAAGAAGAGAAUGACAGAGAGAAAGAGAGUGAAAGAGAGAAAGAAAAGCAGAGAGAAAGGGAACACACAAACCAGAGUGUAGAAGCCGUUAGCUGCAGCCUGGAGUCACAGAUCCUGAGUCUGCAGACAGAGCUAGCUGCAGCCUUGGAGCGAAGCGCCCAGGUGGCUUCAGCGCUGCAAGAAGACCACCAGAGGGCGCUGACAGAGGCCCAGCAGGAAGUACAGAACCUGAGAGAGGAGUUGGCUCAGCAUAGUGUGCAACAUGAAGAGGAGCUGAGAGCUCUGGAAGAGGACUUUGAGAUGGAGAAAGAGAGACUGCUACUCCUCCAAGAGGAGCUCAGUGAGCAGCUGGUUCUCAAAGACAGCUUCCUGCAGGAUGUGCAGGAAGAUGAGGUGGAGCCUAGCGGCCGCAGCUCAGGAAUAGCCGGGAUGUUGGAGCUGACUGGUUUAAGUCUGAUUGAUGCCAGUGAUGGAGAGACAGAGAGCGGACGGCUACGAUCUGCCCUGGAGGACCAGCAAUCCCAGAAUACCAUGCUGCAAGACGAGCUGACCUUCCUGAGGAAUGUGAAGACUGAACUGGAGGCGGAGCUUGAGAGGGUGAGGGAGGAGUUUCAUACAGAGAAGGAGGAACUACAGUUUAAAAUCGAAGAGUUGCUGAUGACCCGGGAGGUUGCGACCCCUAACCGUGAUCUGCUGAGCCUGGAAACCCCGAACCGUGACCUUCAGGAGGCUCAAGCUUUCACUCAGCUCCAGCAGAGCGGCCCACUGAGAGAUUCAGUGGACGGCCUACCUGCCAGUCCUGCUAGCCCCUCCAGCCCCAGACAGAGCCUGUCCUGCCCUGUCCCUGGUGCAGCCCACCAGAGCCUGAUCCUACAGCAGGGUCAGGCUCAGGAACUGAGAUCCCAGUGUGAGUCCCUAGACAGGAGCCAGGCGGUGGCUGAGUACGAACACACCAGAGACAUCCUGAGCGGCCUGGAGACUGAGCUAGGUCAGGGAACCGGGGACUUCACCAGACAGUAUGAAGUUAUGAAGGAACAGGCGGCUUCUGCAGUCCAGGAGCUACAGGAGAGCGUCAGAAGGCUUACAGAGGAGCGAGAUGGUCUGGUGGAGAGGGUAAAAGGGUUCGAUGAAGACAGAGACAACCUGUUGGAAAAGGUCCAGGGCCUGGAGAAGAGGCUGGAGAGCUUCCUAAAGCAGACACAGGCAGCCGAGGGGAUGAAGGAGCAGCUGCAGACGUCUAUGGAGGAGAAGACUGCGUUAGCCCUCAAGCUAAAGGAUUCAGUAGAGGCGCAGACAAUAUUAGCCUCUGAGCUAAAGGCAUCUCUUGAGGUGCAGACAGUGUUAGCUGUAGAGCUAAGGGCUUCAGUGGAGGAUCUGAGCAAGCAGAACGGGGAGAUCCUCUCUCAGCUACAGAUGAAGGAGAGUGCUGUUCAGGAGUUAGAGGAAACAGUCAAUGUGGUGAGCACAGAGAGAGACAGAACACUGUCAGCACUGCAGGACAGAGAGAUGGAGGUGAUGAGGCUGUGGGAGGAAAGAGAGAGGGAGGUGGAGGAGAGUCAAGGCCAGAGAGAGGAGGUGGCUGAGCUACAGGCUCGUAUAGAGGAGUUAGAGAAGGAGAGGAGCCUGCUGAAGAGUAAUCUAGAGGUGGCGCAGAGGGAGAGUUCUAAGAAUGUGCAGGGGAACCCAGGGGAGGAGGUGGAGGAGCUGCAGGCUCGUAUAGAGGAGCUGGAGAAGGAGAGGAGCCUGCUGAAGAGUAAUCUGGGGGAGGUGGUAGGAGAUACUGAAGCUCUACAGAAAGACCUAAGGGAGAUGAAACUGGCCAAUGAGAAGAUGAGAACAGAGAACCAAGAACUACUGACACAGGUCAGCCAGGCUACAGAGACACUGGCAGACAGAGAGAGGGAGGAAAAGGAGGGAAGAGAGGAGGAGGAAGAACAGGCGGAGAAGGAGAGGAGAGGGCUACAACAGCAGCUAACAGAGAAGGACACAGUGAUAUCUCAGCUGAGAAGUGAGAUGGCUGGCUUACUGUCUUCAGCCCCGUCUCCUGUCUCAGAGGAGAACACAGCCAAUGAGUUCACUGAGAAAAUCGCCCUGCUGGAGAAGGAAAGCAAAGAGAAGGAUGAGAGGAUGAAUAAGAUCAAGGCGGUGGCUGUGAAAGCCAGGAAGGAGCUGGACACCAGCAGGAAAGAGGCUGUGUCACUGAAGGAGGAAGUAGAGGUGUUGAAGGCUGAGAGAGAGAGAGUGACCAGCUCAAUGAAAGACAUCAUCCAUGGAGCAGAGGGAUACAAGAACUUGCAGCUGGACUACGACAGGCAGACAGAGCAGCUGGAUAAGGAGAGAGAGACGGUGGAGGAAGCUGAGAAACAGAUCUCCGAGCUGACCAAACGACUAAACAACGCAGUACAACAGCAUGAACAGCUGUGGUCGGAGAGAGAGGACCUGAUGACCGAAUUGGAGACUCUGAGGAAUACGGUGAGACAGAUGGAAGGACAGACAGCAGAACUACACAGACAGACAGACACCCUGAACAGAGACCUGCAGGCUGAGCGACUACUGAAGGGACAGAAGACAAAGGAGCUGUCGUCGUUGCAGAAGGAGGUGGAGGAGUUGACAGUUCAGCUCCGCAGACAGAAGCAGCAGUCUCAGCAGACAACACAGGAGCUGGAGCAGCUACGCAAGGAGGCCCAGCAGAGCUCGUUGUUGGACAUGGAGAUGGCAGACUAUGAACGCCUGGUCAAAGAACUCAACACCAAACUGUCAGAGAAGGACGUGUGUGUGGAGGAGCUGAAAACACAGAUACACAAACACACACAGAAAGAAGACACACUCAACCAGGAGAUCGAGGUUCUGAAGUCCCAGCUGAACCAGGUGGAGGAUAAGAGCUCCAAGAUGAAACAGCUGCUGGUGAAAACCAAGAAAGACCUGGCUGAUGCCAAGAGACAGGAAGCCAUUCAGAUGAUGAUGCUGGCCUCUCUGAAUGGAGAGCUGGAGGCACAUCAACAGCAACUAGAGAACAACAAGAUCCAGUGCUGUGACCUGACCGCGGAGCGCCACAGACUGCAGGAGCAGCUGAGGACUCUGACUGAACAACAGCAGAGAACAAGCAGCUCCCUACAACAGAGACUGACCACACUACAGCAGGAGGCUAACACUGCCAAAGCUGAGCUGUCAUCUGUCACUGCUGAGUUUGACAGCUAUAAGGUCAGAGUUCACAACGUCCUCAAACAACAGAAGAACAAAACCUCAGCACAGAGCGAUGGAGACGCCACUAAACAGGAGAGAGAGCAGAUGGAGUCCUUGGUGGACCAGUAUAAAGCCAAGCUACAGGACAGUCAGCAGAGUCUGGCGGUGAGCACUGCAGAACUACAACAGCUCCAGAUGGAACAUGACACACUGCUGGAACGACACAACAAGAUACUGCAGGAGACUGUUGCUAAAGAGGCCGAGCUCAGAGAGAGAUUCAUGUCUCUCCAGGCUGAGAUUAUGUCACUGCGAACAGAGCAUGCUCAGACGGUGGGUCAGCUGACCUCGCAGGCCGUGGCCCAGCGCUCAGGGUUCAGGGAGCAGAUCCGCCACCUUCAGGAUGAACACAGAACUACAGUAGAGACCCUGCAGAACCAGAUGACCCGGCUGGAGAACCAACUGUUCACACUGCAGAAACAGACCAGUCCAGCUCCAGUCCAGACGAGUCGUAAGUCAGCGGUGGACCGCCGGCCCGUGGACCAGGGGGGAACAGGAGGGCUGGGCCUCGGUGAUCUCCAGUCCAUGGCAAGAGAGGAGGGGGAGGGCAUGGAGACCUCCGAGACAGAGUCCCUGUCAUCCACAUACCUACCCUCACUGGAGCAACUACUCACCUCCCCAGACCCCAAACAGGAGCCGUUUGUGUGGCAGGUGGAGCUGACAAAAGAGGAGUUGAAUCAGAAGUUGACCACAGCUACACGCAGUAUGGAACACAUGAACAGUCUACUGCAUGAGACCGAAGCUACUAACGCUGUUCUGAUGGAACAGGUCAAUCUGUUGAAGUCUGAAGUGCGUCGUCUGGAGCGUAACCAUGAGCGAGAGAAGAAUGUAGCCAACCUGGAGUAUCUGAAGAAUGUCCUUUUACAGUUCAUCUUCCUGCAGUCAGGCAGCGAGAGACAGGCUCUACUCCCUGUCAUACACACCAUGUUACAACUCAGCCCUGAGGAGAAGAAUAAACUGGCUGCUAUCGCAAUGGGUGAGGAGGAGGUGGGAGGAACUAGAGGCUCAGGAUGGACCUCCUACCUACACAGUUGGUCAGGCAUCAGAUGAACACACACACAUCAACCAAUGUCCUCUUUCUACCUGCCUUCACUUUCAUCUGGUCCAUAUGUCUGAUCAACUGAGUAAUUAAAAAGUCUUAAUAUAUUGAUGAUCAUCCAUCUACUUGAAAAAAAGCCAGUAGUCAGCAAUGCCAGUACUCUUUAAAAAAUGUUUUAUUAUUCUUUUUUUUUUGCUGAUGGUACAUUACUGAACCAUUUAUGGUGGGUUAAUUCAUCAAUACC